CGCACACAAAAAGAGAGCGAGCGAGAGGGAGAGAGAGGCUGCUCUGGGAUCAGCUCAACUAUUUUUUUUUUUUAUUUUUUUGUUGUUGCUGUUUUUAAUUUCCAAAUGCAACGCGACAAUAUUACCCACGCGGCUGCCCGUAUGGUUCCCAUACUGGGACACUCCAUUGAAUUUCUUCCAUGUUUCCUUUUGAACUCCAACCGAGGCGGAUUUAUUAUCGAAUAGCUCGCUCAUCCGUAGAGGAAAUAUUUUUUUUUCUUUCGGUAUUUAACAUUUGAAGUUCGCAAACUUUGGCCACACCUAGAUCCUAGAUCCUACGCUAUUUAAAUCUUGAAAGAAAAAAAAAAAGAUUUUUUUUUUUUUUUUUUUGCUUUCUUUCUCGCUCACUGGUUUGCUGGUGGUGGUGCGUUUGUUUGUGUGACGGCGAGUCCCGGCGGUGUGUAACCGGAGAGGGGCCUCACAGAGGGAAUGCAGGCAGGACUGCAAUGGAGCACAAUGCAAUACAGUGGUUGGGUGCUCCUUCCUGCCAGAGAGGCAGCUACGCCUUCUACAAGUCGGUCGGCAGCAAGACCCGAGCCGACGGCCCAAUGCGGGUCUGGAGGCUGGGCGAGUUUUACUUCGUUCGCUGCGGGCCGGGCGAUCCCGUCUGCAUCGCCGAGGUGACCUUACUGUGGGAAGACAAGGCGCAGCGCCACCUCCUGGCCAGCGCCAGACUCUACUUCCUCCCCGAAGACACACCGAAGGGUCGAACCAGGGAGCACGGAGAGGACGAGGUUCUGGCCGUGUCCCGGAAGAUGGUGCUGCGGGUGGAGGACCUGGUGCGAUGGUCGUGCGCCGAGCCGGCAGGGUGGAGCGACAAACCCAAGGCGGCGCCCUGCGUCGCCAACGGGCUCCGCAAAGCGGCGGAGAGCGGCGACGCCGAUGGCGCCAACAACACGACAGACUGCAAGCCUCUGAAGGAUAAGCGCGAAAAUGUCAUGGGCGAAUGCCAGAAUGUCAAAGUCCUCAGCUACCCGCAGUACUGCCGUUACCGCUCGCUGCAGAGGCGCAUCCAGGACGGCGCCCGGGGCCCGACGCUGCAGGAUGCCCACCUGUUGGCUCUGGGCGGCGUCAGGGUGACGCCCAGCACCCGCUUGAUGUACUGCAGGGACACCUUCAACCACCCCACGCUGGAAGGUAGCGUCGGCUUCUCCUGGCAGUUCCGGUGCCCAUCUCUCAGUCUCCGAGGGCGACCUCGCAAGAGACGAGGCCGUGACGGCAGAGAAGGCCCGACCGCUGGCCAGUCGGAAUCGUGGAUUGAAAGGAUGAAGGAAAACGUGAUGGGGAGCGUGGAGGCGGGCAGCGAGGGCGGCUGGCUCCCCCACCCCGAAGAGCAGCUGUUCCUGGACGAGCUCUUCGCCUUCAUGGAGCGGCAAGGCUCGCCCAUCCACAAAGUGCCCAACCUCGGCUUCAAGAAGAUCGACCUCUUCCUCAUGUACUCGGUGGUCAGACGUCUCGGAGGCUACGAAAAGGUAACGUCGGAGCGCAUGUGGAAGGUGGUUUACAACGAGCUGGGCGGGUGUCCCGGCAGCACCAGCGCUGCAACCUGCACAAGGAGACACUACGAGAGGCUGAUGCUGCCCUACGAAGAGCACCUGAUAGCUGGGGGCAUGGAAGUCAAAAUCCCACAAUGUACCCUGCCCAUGAAGCCCAGAGGGAUUCGAGGGAGGAAGCCACUCUCGCGGGGCAGAAAACCUGGACCCAAAGUCAAAGCUAAGAUGGCAGCCACUCCCCCCAGCACCAUCGCCACCGCUGACGGGGCCCCGGUGGUGGUGAAGCGAGGGCGAGGCCGGCCGCCUGGCAAGCGCAACAAGGCCACGCUGCUCGCUCAGGCCAAACUGCUGGCUCAGCAACAAGCCAAAGUCAAAGCGGAGUCUCCGAAGCCUCUCCUUCCGGCCCAGGGCAGCGCUGGAGUGACGCCAAACAGCAGCAGCGCGCAGCAGGUGUUGCAGCAUCUCCCUUCCCCCUCCCUGCAGCCCAUCCAACCGGCCCUCCUUCCCGUCAACAUGCCCCCCACCCCGGACCUCUCCCCCAUGUCCACUCCGUUCCUCCCCUUCCAGCCCAAGCCGAAGGACCCCAAGGAUCAGGCCGGGGACUCCGUACCUUUGGCUCCGGGCGUCCUCAUCUCCGCGUUGCCUCGCCAUUUUGUGGGGGGAUCGCUGGGCAGGUUCAGCCCCAUCAAAGGUCUGUGUCCCCUGGACGUGCUCAGGAACUGCGUGGGCUUGCAGAGGGUUCUGGAGAGUCCAGCCCCGACGCCCCUAGAGCCAAGUCAGCCGCAUACAACGAUCUACGCCAUCCAGCCCAAACACAGAAGCCCGGCUACCCCAGUGCCGAGCGGAGAGCAGACGCUGUCCCCGCCCCACCCAAUACAACAGCAUUGCAACCCGUGCUCGGGGCGCAACAUGGACGAGGACACCCAGAGGGGAGGAGCUCGGGAAACCAGGAACUGUCACCCUCUGCCCCCCCUCCGGGUUCUACCUUUGGACCUGGACUGCAGCGUACAAGUGCGACAGCUGAUGAGGACUCGUCUGGGAUCGACUCAGUUCCAAACCUUCACCCGCCGGCUGUCCGAGGCGCUCUCCCAGGACCUGAGCGCUAAGCCGCCCUCUUCGCCCAUCACACCGCCGCCUGAGCAGGCCCUCCCCUUAAACCUCAGCAAGCGCUUUACCCUCAAGAGACCCGGCACGGACCCGGUCGAGCUUGCUCGGGUGACCACUAACGGAACCGCCGAAGAGCCGUCUCUCAAGAAAGUCAAAGCUGACUGCCUGGAGCGUGCUGAGGAUUUGAGCUUGGGCGGUGGCGGCGCCAGGUGCCCCGACACGGGGUCCACUGGCCACGAGGGCCAGGAACGUGGACCCAAGAACCAGGACGAACCGGCAGACCUGAGCUCACCCAGCAGGAUCAGGGCUUUCCUGCUCGGCCUGCCGCCCUUUCAGGUAAAACUGGACGAGGAUCUAAACGGGAUGAAGUUUGGCAAAGUCCUUCCAUCGGGUUCCGCAACGGAAAGCCAGACGACCGCGACAAUUCUGAAAGAAGCCGAAGCGGAAAUAACGGAGACCAGCGACCACAAAUCAGAGUCUUUAACUAAACAGGUAGGAAAUGUCGAAAUGCUUAACCUGGCAGUAAAAGAGGAAGGGAACGCUUCGGUGGACAAAAUGGAGGACUUCAGCGAUCAGACGAUGGCCAGUGUGGAAAAGUGCGACGUGGAGACCUCCAAGGGCCACCCGAGCCCCGUUCUGCCCCAGCCAAGCGCUCUGGUUCUGGCCCAGCAGAGCUGAAGAACGUCCACCCACAAAAUUACGAGCCACAUUCUUUCUUUUUUUUUUCUUUUUUUUUAGCAAAAGCGUCCCAACCAGUUCGGGGAGGUGUGGGUGCAACAUCUGAGCUCAUUAACUUCGCUUCUUGUGGGUUUUGAUUCCACUCUUACAUUCUCAUAGACAAUCGCGAAGCAUUUCUUUCUUUCCAGUGGACUCUUGAACAAACACUGCCACAAUAGCACUAACCCUUCCCAUCCAUUAUUCAAAAUACAUAUUGAAUAAGCGCUAUAAAUAAAUAAAAAGCUAAGUCUAUUACGCGUACGGGCGAUGCUAUGCAUCGAGGCGUCAUAAUGAGCAUCAGUACUGUAUCCCGGUAGCUUAAAAUUUGACAUUGUACUCUACUUCUGUUGAGAGAGAGAGAGAGAGAGAGUUAUUUUCUGAUUUAAAGAAAGGAAAAAAAAAAAAACAAAAAAACAACAACAAAUCCGAGAAAUGUUCUCGGGAGUCUUUGCAUAUAUCUCGUCGCGUGAGGCACUCCCGUAUUUGUGCUCGUUAGCUAGCUAGACGCUCCAUAAAGUGUGCUAUUAAUUUGCUCUCCUGACACGUACGUGCCUUAAGGGGCCCGCGGUCAUCGCCGGCUUCGCUUUAAAGUCAUCCCGUGCCGAAAUCGGAUCCAUAUUGUUGUUCAUACACGACCGUGUUUCCCAACAUCUAUUGAGCCGAGGCGCACACACCACUCGCAGAAAUUGAUCGGCUUUUAAUUGGUAUUUUAAGGAUGAAUGUAAGUCACUAUAACCCUUUAUUGGUGGAUUUUUAAAUGCACCUGUCCAAUGGUUCAAUCUUUAUGUACUUUUUAAAAAAUAACUACGAUCUGUAAUACAAUGAUAAUAUAACUAUAAUAAAAUAAUCAAUUUAUUCAAAAAUAUACAGUACAAAAGUUGAAUCCAAAGCUACUUUUGUCGUCUGAAUUGCGAGCAACAAAACGUUGCUGGCACAGUUGACCAAAAAUGAAUUAUUCGUGAUUUGAAAUUGGAUCAGCCGUCUCCAAAACAUGCAAAUUUUGCCCGCAUUGGACCCUGCCGAGAUAGAUGUAAAAAUAAUCUAUAGAGACUUCACCUGUCAAGGUGUCCCUUUUGGUCUCUUGCAUUUUUUCGUCUGAAAUCAUCCGUUUGACUUUACGGUGUCAAAAUUUUCCACGCCUCCAAAUCGAUACGCCUGCCGUCGUUUUCUUUUUUUUUUUUUUUUUUUUUUACCUCUCUUGAGCAGCGGAAGCCUCGACGGCUCCUGUUUGUCCGUCACGAUUUUACCUGCUGCUGUUUUGUUUCUUGUCGGGCGGCAAGCGGUUUGCCGUAUUGUUGCCGCGCCAAAGCCGUUAUUGCAUCCAACGCUCGAACCUCCGCAAACGCUACAAACUCUAACCCAAAAUGGUCAAAUAUAGUCAAGUAUUUCCCAUUUGUCCCCCUCCCUUUGGGCUAUGCAUUCAUAUUUAAUAUCAUCGCGUGUCUGAUCGUUUUACACGGGGAUUCAUAUGGAUGAUUCUUUUCUGUUGAAUUUUGUAUUUAUUUCGAGUGAAGAGUGAAGGCGGCGCGUUGCUACUUGAGCGUGUCUGAAGUAGCGACUUGCUGAGCCGAGAAUAAAGUUGUAAUAACAAGUUAUGGAAAAACAAUUUGAAAAAAACAACACUACAAGAAUGAAGUAAUAUUUCCGAAGAAAAACUUCAAGUUAACGAUUAUUAGAAUUUUGUGAGAGGAAAAAUACAAUAGUUCUAAUGUUAGGAAGAAAAAAAAAGUAAAGUCUCAGAAAAUAUUGUUGCAUUUGGAAAAAAAAAAUUCAAGAAAAUUGCUAAAAUAGCUGUAUUUAUAAGUCCUGAUCUUAAAAUAACCAAUAUUAUACUUACUAUAUACAAAUAUCACAAGAAUCGUGUCAUAGCAUGAGCAUAAUGUUUUAAUAUCAGAAGUCAAAGCCGAAAAGGGGAAAUUUUGUGAUACAAAAAAAUGUAAGUAAGACUAAAGUUGUACAUUUACUGCAAUAAAAAUGUCAUUUCAUUAGAAACAUUAUUAUAAGGAUAAAGUCAUAAUUUUCAAGCAAAAAAAAAGGGUGCCAAUUUACAGGAGAGAAUAUUAAAAUGAAAAAAUAUUUCUAGCUCAUAGUCCUAAGUCAUAAUAUUUGGAAGAAAAAGCUUAUAUAGUCAUUAAAAAAAUAGUCAUACUUUAAUUCCAAAAACUUGUAAUUUUAGGAGGAAAAAAAAUUUACGAAAUUAAAAAGACAUUACAAUAAUAGAAGAGUUUGUAAUAUGAGGGGAAAAAAUGCAAUUCUACUAGAGUUAAGGUGGAAUUUUAUGAGAAAUAUAUUCCCAAAACUAUCACUACAAGAAUGUCGUAAUACACUAUUGCGAGAAAAAGGCGGAAAUUUUUAUGAUGGAAAAAAAAGUGUAUCAUCAUUUCCAGAAGCAAUCCUCAAGUUUAUUUAUUUGCCCGUGGAUGGCCUUUUAUGUUUCAGUGGGAAUUUUAGACAUAAAAAAAAAAAAUCUGACAUUGUCACAUUGCUCGGUAACUAAAUAUUCUCACACCAUCCUGGGUUUUUCUUUUAUUACAAAUGUAUUCCCGUAGCUUUGUAAUAUUACAAAUGUGUUCCCACAACAAUCAGAAGGGGGGCGGGGUAAUAUUACCAAAUGUAACUUCAUCAGGGUAACAAACAAUGAUUGUAGAUAAUUUUACACUCUUUAAAAACAUACAACUUUAUUCUCCUCUUCCUUUUUCCGUACGGGACCUGAUUGUCUAUAAAGUGGCGCAUUAUUAUUAUUGUUAUUAUUAUUUCCGUUGAGCAAAAAAACAUGACAGCCAAUUGAAAACGCGUGUACCCUUUUUUCAUUUUGUCUCGUCGUGAUAGCUAAAACUUUUUUUUUGUUGCAUCACGUUUUUCUCCUCAAGCUACUUUGUUGCCACAGCAACUCAACUGGGUGCCAUGUUUUUAUUUUUUUUAGAUAUAUUUCUGGGUGUGUAUAUUUUUUGUUUUAGACAUUCUUGCUUGUUUUAUGUUGGACGAUAUGCCACUGAGGCUGAAUGCCUUCUUUUUUUUUUUCGGGGGGGGGGGGGGGUGGUCUUGUAGUCUAUAGAGCAUGUUUGUUUUGUCUUUGAAUAUUUAAACUUAUGUUAGGUUAUGAAUUUUUUUGUUUUCUUACAGAUUUCACUGUUUACAUUUUUUGUCGUAUGCAUGUUUAGAGUUGUUGACGUAUAUCGGGUGUUUUUGCACACUACUACAGCAUCGAUAGGGUUUCUCCAACGGCACCGCGCUUGACAUGAAGUGCCUUGUUACUUUGGAGCCAACUCGGACGUCGGCGACGCGAACACGAAACCCCUUUGUGACUUUUUACGGAACGCGAACGUGAGAAACGAUCAGAAUCGAAACCAGACCGGACAUUCAGUGCUCCUCCGCCGUCCGGAAACGUUUAACGCGGGCUCGAUUGACGCGGGUGUUCUUCGUCCGGUUCGGCUGGCGAAUUUAAAGGUUCUGCAUCGUAAAACAAAACAAAACGAAACAAAACGGCUUUAAAGAAAAUUGGCCCAAAGAUUGAAAAAUGAUGACAGUUGGCUUCACAUUUGUAGGAAAAGUGUAGAAAAUGAGGCUUGUUUUAUUUGUUUUUAUCUGUAAAUAUUAGAUGUAAAAAGAAAAUGGAGAUAUAAUUGUGUAUAAUUGAAAAGCCUUGAAAUACUAAUAGUGGUCACAUACCAUUUUUCAUAUAUUUUUUUUUCAUUUGUAGCUGAGACCAACAAUCUAUUUUUGAGUUAGCCGUUUUAAAUAUGAAAUACAUAAAUUUGUUGAUGCAUUUUGUUUAGCUGGCUUGGAAUUUGUUGGGAAAGUGAAGGGGGGGGUGAAAAUUUUUGAAAAAAAUUUGAAAACAUUUGUUUUUAAUCUGUAAAUUUUGUCCUGUUAAAGAUUAAAAGAAAAUGUUAUGAUUAAGGUUUUUUUUUUAAUUAACAAGCUCCAUAAAUAGAAACUAGUGGGGAAAAAAAACAUUUUUUUUAGCCCCCCCCCCAAAAAAAAAAUUGGUACAAAUUGAAAAACAAAUAAUGCAAACUUUGAGAUGCAUGUUUAUUUUUUUUUUGUCUUGAAAAGCUAGCUACGGAAAAGAAAAUUCUACAUUUUUAGAUUUUUGUUUUUAUCUGGAAAAAAGAGUCGUGCUGAAUUUUUCAGGCCACUUGUUUUUUCCCCCUCUCAUUCAAAGUCAGCCGGGAUGGACUCGAGUUCAUAACCCUCGCGAUCAUAAUAAAGACAAAACGGUAUACAAAAUGGAUGCAGCGCCUUUAAACUGGCGGACGACGAGUCCCGAUGAAUGUCUCCGUCACGCUACCCUCCUCCUCUGACCUCACUUUAUUUUUGUAUCGACAAAAAGGCGUCGUCGUCACCUUUAUUAACCGGGACUCCACCGCGCCAUUUAACGUUUUUUUUUUUCUUCCCGCCUUAUGAAUUUGUAUCGGAUGAUUGCAGCACGCGCUCGGUUACCGUUUGUUUUUUCCUAAUGGCGUUCAAAAAAAAAAAAAAAAAAAAGAAUGGCAGUGUCAGGUACCAUUCCAUAUUAACACACUGUAUAUUUAUAAUAAAAGUAUUCUGAUAAUAAA